UCACAUUCACAAGUAACACUUAGUUUCUCUCUCUCUUUUGCUCUCUCACUCACACACACUCACUGUAUCACUCUGUACAUGUCUAUCUGCUCUGAAUCAUAUUCACCAUUAUUGAGACCACCAAACAUUUCCAUCUGCAAAGUGUUUGCUCCACCUCCCACCUGUCUUUCUCUUUGUGUGACUCACUCGUCAGGUUUCAAACAUUUUCAGAAAAUCUCAGAGACCCUUACAAUCAUCAGUCAGAUGUGUAAUAUAGUGUAAGUAUAGUAUAACUGCUGCUGCUACAAGGACAGUAUCAAGGCCAGGUGACCAUGCGUUUUCCAGCCAUUACCUUUGUGGCAGCUGUCUAUCUGGCUCUCAUACCUAAAACUACCCAGUCAUGCACCAGAGGUACCCCCCGUGAGUGCAAAGAGGCUGAGUUUGCCCCAGGAUCCAACCUGGCAGGAGAAGGAUUCGACAUCACCAAGAUGCAGCGUAAAGGAGCCUUCGUCAUCGACAUGAAUCUAUGGAGACGGGAGAACAACACCUGCAUGCUGUGCAAGAACCCGUAUCAAGAGAGCAAGAUGCAGAAAAUCCCAGCAGCUGUGGUGGACUGGCGACCCAGUCAGAAAUGCAGCAUGAAGGUGGCCAGCUCACAGCACCAGUCGAGCGAGUCCCUGGUCAGUUCCAGUGUGUCCAGUGUUGAGAACAACUGGAAAGCUAAUUUAGGAUUAGAGGCCAAAAAGGGAGAUGGCUCAUUGAUGCUGGCGGGGACCCAGUCAAAAUUGGCUGAGUACUCAAUGGAAAAAACAAAGAGAGACAAGUUUACCUUCUUGAGCCAUAAAAUGGUCUGUAGUUACUACAGCUACAGGGUUUCCAACCAGCUCAUCCUUCAUCAAGAAUUUCAGCAUGCCAUCAAUACACUUCCAAAGAAAUACACCAGUGAGAACAAGCAACGUUUCUACAAGCUUAUCAAUGACUUUGGCACACAUUUCAUGACUAAGGUGACUCUGGGCGGGAUGGUGCAGUCAGUGACUAGCAUCAGGCAGUGCAUGGCUUCUUUACAAGGCCUGAGCUCAGACGAGAUUAAGAUGUGUCUUGACGUGGAAGCCAAAGCCAGUGUUACAGGCAAAGGCAGUGGAGAGGCAGAGAUGAAGCACUGUCAGGAGGCGAAGGACAAGACAGAGAGCAAGAACAGCUUCUCCAGCAGCUUCAGCGACAGGCUUACAGAGAUCUUUGGUGGCCACACCACUGAGCCUGAGCUUCUCUUCUCUGCAGACAAAGACCCGGCCGCUUACAAGGAGUGGAUCUCCUCUGUGCCUGUCAACCCAGAUGUGAUCUCCUAUUCACUGGAUCCCCUUCAUGAGUUGCUGGCCCCCAACAUUCCAGUGCGAAAAGAACUACGCAAAGCAAUUAAGCAUUACAUAUUAGAGAGUGGACUCUGGCAGAACUGCUCAGAGCCCUGCAAGUCUGGUGUCAAAAGAAACCCAAAGGAGCCCUGUGCCUGCAGUUGCCAUGGUGAUCCUGGCGUAGGUAGCAACUGUUGUCCUGUUAAACGUGGUCUCGCUCGGGUCAUUAUCACUGCAGUGAAGGCCACUGGGUUGUGGGGCGACACCACCACAGGUACAGACGGCUACGUGAAGGUCUUCAACUCUCAGAACAUGCAACUGGCAAGAACCCCUGUGAUAUGGAAUAACAACUGGCCCCAGUGGAACAUGGCCUUUGAUAUCGGUGAUGUCAUCCUCUCUCAGACCAGCAUGGUGAGGUUCGAGGUGUGGGACGAGGACAGCAAGUGGGAUGACGACCUGCUCGGAGCUUGCACAGUGAACCUCAAGGAAGGGACCAAGGAGGAUGCGUGUAGCCUGAACCAUGGAAUGUUCUACUACAAACUCCAAGUGUCCUGUGGCCCAAGCCUGAGUGGCCCGUCCUGCUCUGAGUAUGUGAGCUCUCCCAUGAACAGUCACCUGGAGAGGCUGUACGUGUCUCGUCAUGCCCGACCCAUACCACAGGAUAUGCUUCAGAAAAUGGGAGUGUUUGCGAAUGAACACCCUUUGCAUGGCAAUCUGACUGAUCUAAACUGAAAUGCUCUUUUAUACUCCCUCAGAGAGGAUUGAUUUAAUACUCCGCAAGAAUAAUAUCCAUCUGUCCAAUUGCAUUAUGUUUAUGAUCACUGUUACACCAGUUUAUCUUUUCCUAUUUUUAGUCUAUGAUAUUCUGUUAUUAGACUUCAUUCAUUUAAUUUCAUUUCCUAUUAUUAGACUUCAUUCACUGCAUUUCGCUGUCUUUGUACAUGUACUCUGCACAAUGACAAUAAAGUUUAAUGUAAUUUACA